GGAAUUUGGAAAAAGACUGCGGAGUGCCGGAGUACUGUGAAAUGUGAAUACCUCUUUUCCCCUUCUACAGCUAGGUUAGGUUUCCUGGAUUUCGACCCUACUGGACUUAUCCUCCCUCCUCCAUCCACACUUGCGAAUUCCUGCUGCUGCUGCUGCUGUUGCUGCUUUGGCCUCCCGCGUCCGCCAUGCGAUUGUACUGCCCUAUCUCUGAGCAAUUCCCAGUUUUGGGGGAGACUUCACUGCGGGUGUUUUCGAUAAUGUCACUGCUGGGCAGUGCCUGAAUGGUUUUCGUGUUACUUUAGGAGGCUAGGAAUUAGUAUCAGUAGGCGCAAUGAGUGGGCAUGGUCGGCGUAAAGAAGAUUAUGGGGUGAGUAGUGAGAGCUCCCUGGGAAGCGAUGGAGAGGAAACCUCUGCACGAACAAGACCGUUCAGCUUUGAUGAGAUAAUGAACAGAAGAAAAUUGAAAAAACUGGCCGAGACAGAUGAAAGCGCAGAAGCUGUGGCACUUGUUUCUGGGGAUCAAUUGGAAAGGGUUAAUGGGCAUGGCAAGGCUUCAUCGUCUGCUGUACCAGAGAGCUCAGUGGCUGAACAUGUGAAGUCAAGCUCUUCGCCGAAAGAAUUGAAGACUUUGGUUAAAGAUGAGUGUCGAGUUGAAAGAAGGGAUAGAGAAAUCCAACCUGCAAGUGUCGGACGUAAGUUGAUGUCCCAGAUUAACAGAGAUGUGGUGAUGCCUGAAACCAGAAGCCAGGAUGACAGAAAAACCCAUCGCGGGAGAAAAGAUGAUGACCAGCGGCUGAGAGAUUCGGUACAGGACAGAUAUGUUGAUGGAAGGAGAGGACAAUAUCGAAGGGCGGAUGAUGCUGGCAGGAGGCAACCUCAGAAGCGCUCUUUUGAUAUUUCUGGGAAUGAACCUGCUAAGAAGCAUUCCGGGAACUUGGUGGAAAUGAAGAGGCAUGGGGAUGUGAGUAGGGGUAGAGCUGAGAAGGCAUCAGAUAUAACUCUUAGAAGCAGAGAACACGAUCGGCGGUCUGAAAAUGUUACGGAAAGUGAAGUGCGAAAGCAUCAUUCAAGAGAUUAUAUGCAGAGGGACAAACAUACAGAUGAAAACAGGCGAAAGCUUGAAAACAGAAAACCGCAAAAUGAGGUGCAAGAACUUGUAAAGAAAUAUGACUCUGUCAAAGAUUCUUCUGAGAGAGAUGGUAGGAAGGAAUUGUCAAAAUCUCAUUACAGAGAGUCGGGUUUUAAGCGAAGACGGUCUAGGAGUAGAGAACAUGAGGAAACAAAUCAGAGUUCUUCUUCUAUCUCAUUACGAAAGGAGAAGCGUGAUUCUUACCAUACAAGGGGCCGUGAUGGUCUGUCCUCUCAUUCUAAGGGCAGGUCUGAGAGACAGCAUCUUAAUGAUGAAGAGAGAAAUAUUGUUAAUGGCAAACACAACGCUGCUAGUGGGCUUGGUGGCUAUUCCCCAAGGAAAAGGAAAAGUGAGGCAGCUGUUAGAACUCCUUCCCCAACCAAGCGCUCUCCUGAAAAGAAAAGUGCUAGAUGGGAUCUUGCACCAAAAGUAAACAGUAAAACGUCAUCUGCCUCUCUUCCUACUAACAAUUUGCUAUCUAGUCAGCAAUUAUCUUCGAUUAUGCGUGAACUAGUCAAUACUGUUCCUAGUUCGUUAGAUGCAGGAAAGGCCAUCUCUGGGGCAUCACCUAGCACUCUAUUAACAAACAAGAAUACUUCCAUUGACUCUAUUCAACUAACACAAUCUACUCGUCCUAUACGGAGACUUUAUGUGGAAAAUGUACCAGCCUCUGCCUCAGAGAAAGCUAUUAUGGACUUUCUUAGCAACUGUUUGAUUUCUUAUGGUGUUAAUCAUGUUCCCGGAUCACAACCAUGUAUCAGCUGCAUUAUCAAUAAAGAAAAAGGUCAAGCACUUGUUGAAUUUCUGACAGCGGAGGAUGCUUCAGCAGCUCUUUCUUUCAAUGGUAGCUAUUUCUCUGGGUCUUCAAUCAAAAUCAGACGUCCCAAGGACUAUGUUGAAGUGGCUACUGUUGAAGCAAAAAAGUCGGUUGCCGUGGUUCAGGCAAUAACUGAUAUUGUUAAGGAUUCGCCCCACAAGAUCUUCGUUGGUGGAAUUUCAAGUGUCCUUUCCUCCAAAAUGCUUAUGGAGAUUGCUAGCGCCUUCGGACCUUUGAAGGGAUUCCAGCUUCUCAACAAUAAGGAACGUGAUGGCCCACAUGCUUUCCUUGAGUAUGCAGACGAGACAGUCACUCUUAAAGCUUGUGCUGGUUUGAAUGGUAUGAAAAUAGGAGGGCAAGUAUUAACUGCGGUUCAAGCUGUGCAAGAUCCUUCAGUCAUGGCAAGCAAUGGGAGUCCACCAUUCCAUGGGAUCCCUGAACAUGCAAAGUCACUUCUUGAGAAGCCUACAGAAGUUCUGAAACUUCUGAAUGUGCUCCAACCAGAGGUCCUUCCCUCGAUGUCCAGUGCAGAAAUUGAGGAAGUAUUAGAAGAUGUACGACUAGAGUGCGCCAGGUUUGGUGCUGUGAAGUCGAUUAAUGUUGUCAAGCAUACUGCAAUUCAUUCCACCUCAGAAAAAUCUUCCGCGCAUGACAACAAGGUGUCAGCUGCUGGUGGUCAGCAGGACAUGAACGGUGAAAAAAUCCCAAUAACUGAAACAGAACAACCAACUGGUUCAGUUGCUGCUGAAAGUCACGUGAAGGAGACACCGAUGGAAGAUGAACCAAUGGGCAAAGAGUUGUCGAGCAUGGACGAAAGCAGAGGGAUUGCAGAAACAAACAAGGAGAAGGCUUCUUCAGCAGCUUCUUGCAAUGACACAACUUCCCCUACAGCUUCAGAUUCUGGUGCCCAGGAGGGUGGCGACCAAACUGCAGCAGAGAAAGAUAUUGAAACUGGAGGCAGUUUCGAGGCGGGUUGCGUGUUGGUGGAGUUUAGAAGGACGGAAGCCUCUUGCAUGGCAGCACACUGCUUGCAUGGCAGAUCAUUUGAUGAUCGUACCGUCACAGCAGAAUAUGUACCUCUUGAUCUUUACAAGGCUAGGUUCCAGAAUCAAUAGGGAUAUGCUGUUAGAUACCUCCCUGAGCGCCAUUGGGCUGGCAUUCUGAGCUGCUUCUGUUAUAGAGAGAUUGAUGUUAGAGAUAGGCACCAGGAACCCUUUUACCCCAUAGAGAAUGGGAUCAUUACUUCAUUAGAGAGGAAAGAUGGAAUGUUUUUGCUGUGCGUGUCCAUUGUUAUGAAAAUACUUAUCACUAACUUCUGGUUCUGGAAAAUUUUAUGAGGAAAUGUUCUACUUCGUGCUUGCUGUUGAUUCCCUUGGUGGGUUAAAAUAGGGGUCGAGGGAGCAUUGUGGAAUCUUAUUGGAAGAUUAUAUCUGAAAAGUCAAUGUUUUUGUAUUAUUAUUAAUAUUUGAUUUUAGCGA